GUGGACUUUUGGAUGGUGUAAAUUGUCCAGAAGUGUCCUUCCAGGUAUAGAAUUAGUGUUUUUUCUUCUUCUUACAGAUAUGUAUAUUCAAACUAUCAUUUUAUCGUCAUUUUAUUCAAACUAUCGUCAUUCAUAACUCCAACUUAUUUCUCACGGGCAUUUUAUCGUCAUAAGUAACCACUAAUUUAUCUAAGAUGGUAGUAGCAAGCCAAGAUGUGUCCAUAUCUUUGGAAAAGCUAACCAAUUUGUUGCUGCUUUGACUAAGUGCUAGUGUCUUGAAUAUUUUUUGAUUUUGUCCCUGAUUAUCUUGAUUCCCCUAAUCAAUCAAAUUAUAUUAUUUUUGAUUAAAUUUGAAGGGAGCUUUGCCACAAUUAUUGGAAUAUCACCAUGUGAGUAGAAGAUUACUCUUUGCUUCUUUGCUACCCAUAUACUCGUAUUUAUGCCAACAACACUUUCCUGUCACAUGUCUUUGUUUGUAUUGAAUAUAUAAUAUUACCAAUUAACAAUUUGGUGUCUCCUAUUGUAGUUGGUCCUCUCUGAACACUCACGGGUUCAUCCAUUCCAUCUAUAAAAUAUUAAUUAAUUGUUGCAUUUAGAGCCAAUGAUACACAUGUAUACAAAAAGCUAGCAGCUAAUUUAUUUUGUAGAAGUUAGCUAGCUCCACAUAUGGAUCCAGUGAUUAUCUUCCUUCUUCUGACAUCUCUGUUCUUCAGUUACCCUUUUGUGCUCAUUGCUCAGUCUCCCACAACAACUAUCAGUGUUGUAGGAAUUGUUUAUUGUGAUACUUGCUCAACUGGCACUUUCUCUAAACAUAGUUACUUCUUGCCUGGUGUUGAUGUUCAUAUAGAGUGCAGAUUUAGAGCAAGUUCACCGAAAAGCAAUGAGCAGAUAAGCUUCUCAGUAAAUAGAACAACAGACAGAGAGGGAGCAUACAAGUUAGAAAUACCAUCAGUGGAUGGAGUUAACUGUGAAACUGCUUUUGAUGAUAGUAAUUCAGAGAUUGUUUCUCUUUGUGAAGCAAACUUGAUAGAAACCUCAUCAUCAUCUUUUUCUUGCAAUGUUCCUUUCAUAAAAAGCACAAGAAGCAGCCAAAUAUCAAAACAAUAUAAUAAUCUUUGUGUAUAUAGUUUGAGCGCUCUCAGUUAUAAGCCACCAGAAAAUAUGAUCAAUACUACCUUAUGCUCUUAAUUUGGAUAUCAACUCAUAAAAAAAUUCAUUCUAUAUUUAUAUUCCCUUA